AAUUAACACACAUGAGAAAUUUCCUAAGCGUUAUUUUGGAUGAGGUUUGGGAUGAUGCAACAUGCAUCCACGAUAAUUUCUUAAUAAAUUUUAAAAAUUAACACACAUGAGAAAUUUCCUAAACGUUAUUUUGGAUGAGGGUUGGGAUGCUGAAGACUGCAAGUGAAGUUCAAAUAGCGAGCAGUCUUCAUGCGGGAUAUUUAAUGAUAUUAAUUUCUUUUCAUUUCGUAUAAAUUAUUUCUCCUUUCUAAACUGCUGAUCUCUUCGCAUUUCCUCCUUGUCAUCAAACCUCUGUCUCUGCAAGUUUGAACGCUUUCCUGUCGAGGAGAUGCAAGAGCUUCAUCUGGCACUGCGCGCUUGAGGCCGUGGAGGACGCUGCUUGUAGCCUAAAAGUGUGCGAGACCCGUUGGACCCCAGAAGAAGAGAGGAACGUUCAGGGUAACGGCUUAUAACCGCAUGGCUUCCAAGUCACACGAUCGUCACCAUCAUCAUCUGCUGAACAGGCUCCACUUUUGACAUCUAACAAGUGAUGUCCAGCAUGAUCUUGCUACAUUUAUCAGAUGUCAUCCCUACAACAGCUGGCGCUGGAGUUGUUCGACGCAGGCGCCGUCCGUCUGGGAGACAUCGAGGCCAAGAUCGGCAGGCGCACGCCCGUCUACUUCGACCUCAGGGUCGUGGUCUCGCAUCCGAGGAUUAUGUCUGCAGUAGCAGAGCAUCUUCAGCGGCUGGCCUCCGAAAUAAACCACGACCUUCUGUGUGGGGUGCCGUACGCCGCACUACCAUUCACAGCAGUUAUGUCCGUCAACACCGGCGUCCCCAUGAUCAUGAAACGCAAGGAAACCAAGCUGUAUGCCACCAGAAAACUCAUCGAAGGAGUCUACCACAAAAACCAAACCUGCCUCGUCGUGGAGGACGUAGUGACAUCUGGCGGCAGCGUACUAGAAACUGUUCGUACGCUACGAGACGAGCAACUAAACGUCACGCACGCCAUAGUAGUUCUCGACCGCGAACAAGGUGGCGUUAGUGUACUAAAAGCAAAUGGCGUCAAAGUAGUAUCGCUCUUCACACUGAAUAAUUUAACAAAAAUUCUGAGGGAUGCCGGCAGAAUCACAGAUGAUACUGUUGACAUUAUUUCAGACCACAUCAAAGGGUGCCAGUUUGGUGUUAUGUACAACAGCGGAGAUGCCAUUACUCCUAGUUAACAUACCUUUAAAAAUAUUGGAGUUUUUCUUACCUAGGCAAUGGUUCUGCAGAAUUAUUAGAUGCACAAAUAGUAUUUAUUUAUAUAAAAUAAGCACCUAAUUAACACUUAAUUAAAUGUAUUUAAUUAACUCUUACUAUUAUUACGCACAAUUUAAAUAAAUUUCACUAGUUGUACU